UCUGGGAUUUAACUGAGAUUUUGAACUUCGAAAUUCAUAGCGAAUGGCUUCCCAAGAUCAUCACGCUCACGACCAUGCUCACGAUCAUGCUCACGAUCAUCACCACCAUCAUACCCACGAGGGAGCUCAAGAUGGUUCAACAUCAUGGGUAGGUGCUGAUGGUAAAGUGUAUCAUAGCCAUGAUGGGUUAGCGCCACACUCACAUGAACCCAUAUACUCACCUGGGUAUUUUAGCAGAAGAGCUCCUCCCCUUUCCAACAGAGAUUUCAAUGAACGAGCUUUCACUAUUGGCAUUGGUGGGCCUGUCGGAACUGGGAAAACAGCUUUAAUGCUUGCAUUAUGCAAACUCUUGCGUGACAAGUACAGUCUUGCUGCAGUGACAAAUGAUAUAUUCACAAAAGAGGAUGGAGAAUUCCUGAUAAAAAAUGGAGCACUUCCUGAAGAAAGAAUACGUGCUGUUGAAACAGGAGGAUGUCCACAUGCUGCAAUCCGUGAAGAUAUCAGUAUUAAUCUUGGACCUCUGGAAGAGCUGUCUAACUUGUUCAAAGCAGACAUCCUUCUUUGUGAAUCUGGAGGCGAUAAUUUAGCUGCUAACUUCAGUAGGGAGUUGGCUGACUUCAUUGUUUACAUAAUUGAUGUCUCUGGUGGAGAUAAGAUACCUCGUAAAGGUGGUCCAGGCAUUACACAAGCUGACCUUCUGGUAAUAAACAAGACUGAUAUUGCAGAAGCAGUUGGUGCUGACUUGGCAGUCAUGGAACGAGAUGCACUUCGGAUGCGGGAUGGAGGACCUUUUGUGUUUGCUCAGGUGAAGCAUGGGCAUGGUGUAGAGGAAAUAGUUAACCACAUCUUACAAGCUUGGGAAGCAGCAACAGGGAAGAAGCGGCACUGAACCCUAUUUAUCCAUGGGUGUCUGUUACAAUCUUGCUUUAUGCGCAAUAUCACUACGAAAGGAUUCACUUAUGUGCUACUCUCAAUAAUCUUUAAUAACUGAAAAGCAUAUCUGGCCACAUCAUUUGGGUAGUUGCUUCCGAUAGCGUUGUGGUCAUUAGUU